UUGAAUAUUCCCAGGUCUCUCUCUCUCUCUAUCUCACACACACAGUGACACACACAUCUUCUACUGUUACUGCUGAGUGCUAUUACACAGCGCGCGCUCUCUCUCUCUCUCUCUGUCUCUCUCUCGCUCGCUCUGGCUUUCAAAUUCCAGAGCAAUGAAAUUACAGAGAAUUGUAGGGUUCCAUUUCGACCCCCUGAACCCCAAACUAUAAAUGUUGCAAGAAAAUGCAUAAAGAAGGACGAAUUUUGGAUUCUUCUUGGGCUAAUGCAUAAAUAGGGACUCGGAUCACCACUCGGCUAGCUGAGCUCAACUUGAUUCCUCUGCUCUUUUCUUUGGCAACCAAACGAUCUCUCUAUUCACCGGAGUCAUGUGUUAGGGACAUUUUAUUUGCGUGGAGGAUAGAAAUUAGGGUAACGAGCAAUCGAGCAUGCUGUGUCUGUUUCUGGAGUUGGUAGUUGAUCUGUUACAGGUAAAAUACUAAAUGGAACGAAAACAACCUAGCUAGCCGCUGGCUUUACAGUAAAGAUCCUUAAAGCUGCAAUCCAAAGGAUUGAAUACAAAGUAACAAGAACCACCCACGUCCGACAGCAAACAACAAUUCAUAACAUGAGAAAAUAUAAACAUAGGAAGCAAAAUGGAGUUCCAGCAUUCAACAACUAACAAAGCAUCAUUAGCCCAACCAGAUAUAUCAUGCUACUCCAUGCCACUGAACCAAAUGUGAUCCGGGGAACAUGGACUAUAGUCCAUGAGGGGAAGCUAUGAAGACUAGCUUUUAAAUCUCAACCGUGGGACGAAAAUGACCAUGGUAGGUGGUGGACAUUAAAUACUUUUGUCUCUGAAGAAAGUUCAAAAAAAUGCACAAAAGGUCAGCGAACACGAAUUUAAUAGACCACAAUGCAAAAAACAAUGGACUAUAUGCAGUGGGUUCUCAAGUUCGGUGGGGCAUUGCCAACAACACUACCUCGCAGGAUAUUUUGGGGGAGAGCAGAUUGAAUUUAUCUUCACCAAUUCAACCAAGUGGUUCUUUAGGGAUCAAAUCUAUUAACUCACGAGUGAAUGACGGACAGGAUAGAGGAAAUGAAACAAAUAAAGAAAUACAAACUGCUGUCUUGUCUCAAUCAGAUGGAAAAAGCAAACAUGAUCAGAAGUAUGCCUAUGCCCCAUCCAUAAAGUCCUCAACAGUUGGUGAUUAUCUCAUAGCAUCUCAUCCAGGCCUCAUCUGCCGUUCACUUACUCACUCUUCUAAUCCAUAUCCAGAUCCACAUUAUGGGGGCAUAAUGCCUACUUACAACCCUCGGACUUUGGCACAUUCUAAUAUACAUGGAGUACACCAUGAAAGAGUGGAAUUGCCUGCUUGGCCCUCUGAAGUGAAGGAGGAACCUGUCUAUGUGAAUCCUAAACAGUACCAUGGAAUUUUAAGGCGAAGACAAUCACGUGCAAAGGCUGAGUUGGAAAAGAAACUCAUAAAAGUUCGAAAGCCUUAUCUUCAUGAAUCUCGUCAUCUACAUGCCAUGAGAAGAGCCAGGGGAUCUGGGGGCCGUUUCCUCAACAAAAAGACGCCUGAGUGUGUUGCUCUUAAUGUCGAGCACAUUGGAUCUGAGCCGGUAAACUCUGAAACAGGACCCUGGAAUUCUCUUAGAACACCAGGUUCCUCUGUUGCCCACAAUGAACCGAAAGAGCCCUCACUGCAGGAUUUAGAGGGAACCUCAGGAUUGAACAAAGAAAGCACAGGGAGAUAUUCCAGUAGCAAUGUGAAUGUCAAUGGUUACUACUCAUAUCAGCAGGACUUCCAAAUGUCGAGUUAUUCCUUGUUUCCACAUCAAAUGGCAGAUGCAGGAAACUGUUCUGCCAACGGCACCAGCAUGAUGGGCUUGUCGAGAACCAGACUCGACACCAGGUUGUAACCAUCAAAAGAAUUAUCUGGGCAAAAGGCUGAAACUUGUCACCAGCACUAGUUCUGGAACCCUAUAAAUAGGGCUAGGAUCUGCAUGACAUUCUGGCAAUGUAAGGGGGUAGCUAUGAUCUUUUGCUUUAUAGUAUCCAUUGGCUCGGCAAAUUAUGCAAACUUGGCUGGUGCUGCUGACUCUGUUAAAGGACUACUCAGCUCAGACCACCACUCCACGAGGAAGGCCAAGCGAAGCCAGAUGUACAGCUCCAACCUACUGCAGGAAAAUAAACGACCCCCAGUUUGUCCACGAUUUUCAGGCAAUUCAUUCUUGGCUUGUUUAUUGGUUCAGUUUUUUUUUUUUUUUUUUAAGUUUUUCUGGGUGGAGACAAUGGUGAUAACACAGCUGGAAACCCCUCUUUUGCUUUUUCAGCGUGCUCUUAUUUUGUAUGGAUAAGAACUAGCUGUCACUCACCGUCUCUUCGGGUGUUCACUUAUCGAGCGUUCUUUUAACAUUUUCCAUGUACUGACUUAUUUGCGAACCUUGUAAAUCAACUAUGAUAACGCAAGAGACUCUCAAAUCUAUCUAUCUUUUAUUUCCUCGUUUCUUUCA